GGUGCGCGCAAAAUGGCGGACGGUGACAUAGAUUUAUAUGCCGAUGAUCUAGAGCAGGAUUUUGCUCAGGAUGAAUUUGCCGGUGACGGUGUGGAUUUAUACGAUGACGUUAUCGCGGCGCCUUCUGAUCGAGUAUCAGUCAGCGAAAAGAGCGACCGAGGUGAUCGAGAACGAGAAAAUAGAUCUCCAAAUGAAGAAACCAAUGGAAACUCUACGUAUCACCAGCUCGGAAAUAAUAUUCAACCCAAUCAAGUUGGUCGUAGACAUCAACUUUAUAUUGGAAAUUUAACUUGGUGGACGACUGACCAAGAUAUAGCAGAUGCGGUUCAGGGAAUUGGGGUCACUGACUUCGUCGAAGUUAAAUUUUUUGAGAAUAGAGCCAAUGGGCAGUCAAAGGGUUUCUCUGUUGUUUCCUUGGGUUCAGAACAGAGCAUGCGAAUGUGUAUGGACAAGCUACCAAAAAAGGAACUCCAUGGACAGCAUCCGGUCGUUACAUUUCCCACCAAGCAAGCUUUAAAUCAGUUCGAGUCACAGUGUAAAACUCGCCCAUCUCCCUCUCCCCAGCAAAGUCAAAAUCAGCGCUCCCACAAUUCUCACAGGGAUCAACCGUUGUCGCCUCACCAGCAACAUCCUCAACACCAACCGCAUCCUCAACAUAUGCAACAAAAUCAUGGUCAUCGUGGAAUGAUGAUGGGACCUCCGCAAUAUGAUGGACCGAGACAAGGACAGAGAAUGCCACCACCCGGAAUGGGACCGCAAGGACCUGGGGCACCGCAACAAGGACCGCCCCGAAUGCACGGACCACCAAUGGGCCCAGGCCCCGGUGGUCAUCAUCAACUUCAGGGCCAUCCUAAUCAGGGUCCCCCACCUCCAGGGUAUCAACAAGGACCCUGGAAUGGACCCCGACCAAAUGGACCUCCGAGAGGGCCGAAUGGACCUAGUGGACCUCCUCAGCAAGGGAUGCAAGGCCAAGGACCUGGGCAACGACCCCCUCCCGGCAUGGUUAACGAUUUCUACCAUGGUGGACCACCUGGACCACCGAAUCAAGGACCACCCCGAGGCCCACCAGGGCACCCUGGCCCUCCACCUGGGGAACUCCGAGGAGCUCCUCGAGGUCCCGAGUGGAAUCGACCACCAGGCAUGAUGCAAGGGCCCGGAGGAAUGCCACCAGGUCAUGGAAUGCCACCUCAGGGACCUCAAGGACCACCUGGAGGACCAGCACCUCAUGUGAAUCCAGCGUUCUUCCAACAAGGUCCUCCCCAUCAAGGCCCCCCGGGACCACCUCAUGGUCCUCCACAUGGUCCACCUCAUGGACCACCUCACGGUCAAUCCCAUGGGCCACCUCCACCUCAUAGCUAUGGUCCACCAGCACAGGCUCCCUAUGGUGCCCCAGGUCCAGAUCACCGUCCUGAAACUCAUACAAACCUCUCAGAACAAGAAUUUGAAGAAAUUAUGGGUCGAAACCGAACAGUAUCUUCUUCCGCUAUUGCUAGGGCAGUUUCGGAUGCUGCUGCUGGAGAAUAUGCGAGUGCCAUUGAAACUCUUGUCACUGCAAUUUCUCUCAUAAAACAAUCCAAAGCAGCUUCUGACGAUCGGUGCAAGAUUCUUAUAAGUUCCCUCCAAGAUACGCUGCGUGGUGUGGAAACCAAAAGCUAUGGUUCCUCGAGAAGAGACCGUUCUAGAUCACGAGACCGUGAUCGGAAUCACAGAAGACGUCGCGAACGUUCGAGGACCCGAGAUCGAGAGUACAGGGAUCGAAGUCGUGAUAGAGACCGGGAUCGUGAAAGGGACAGAGAUCGUGAAAGGGAUCGAUACUACUCUGAAGCCUAUCCUGCUAGGGAGAGAUCGCGAAGCAGGGACAGGGAUCGGGAGCGGGAGCGUGAGAGGGACUACAGAGAACGAAGUAGAGAAGAAAGCUCGACCAGACAGUCAAGCAGAGUCCGAGUUAAAGAAGAACCUGCAGAGGCAGUGCCUGUUUCUUCUUCCAAAACGUCCAGGUAUUACGAUGAGCGUUACAGAGAUCGGGACCGGGAAAGAGAACGCGAGCGAGAACCAACGGCACGUAGACCUGCUGAGAGAGAAAGAGAACCAGAGAGAGAAAGAGAGAGAGAACGUGAACGACGCGAUGAUCGAGCUGAUUCUUCCCAUCGCCCAAGACACUAAACUCUGUCAAAAAAUCUCUGUGUACAACGCAAAUACGCAUGUUUCAUAAGAAAAGAGAAAUUUCAUUUUAACCUCUUUGUUUCGUGUGUUAGACUAUAAUUUUCAUACUUAGGCAGUUUGUCACGGCAUUUAAAAUACUUUCCAAUCAAAAAUAUUCCUUGAAUUUCACUUAUACAUUCAAAACAUCAAAUAUUGCCAAGCUUAUCGAUCGGAUCCAAUUAUGGACAUAAGUAUAAUAAUUAAUGUUGUAAUCUCGAUAUAAAUCGAGAAUUUAUUUUGCUGCGCCGUGGACGUCGAAGUAGAGGACGAAUUUUAAGAUUAAAUCCGUCUUCGACGCAAGAUUGUAUCUCAAGAUAAUACAGAUAUUCGCACCAAAAAUCUGACGAACGUCUUUACUUUUAUUUACAUGUAUUUACGACAUCCUUUAUUGUUAGUUUUACCGACCAUACAAAACCAAAACAACAAAGAGUCGUUUUAUUGUGACGAACUAGAUUUUUAAGAGCGUACUUUUCCCUUCAUGUAAUUUGAAACUCCGAAAAAGUGUAAACUUCGAAUUUUUUCUUUGAAAAACUCAGAAUCGCGUGUAUUUUGAUGAACUGUACAAUAUUCAUUUUUUUUAAAUGUCGAAUAUGUUGUUCGAGUUGUAAAGUUUUUCAAAGGUAUGUCACUUUUCCUCAUUCUUUAUAUCUAUGUACCGAAAUUAUAGUACAAACUAUAAAAAAAAGUAUUAACAAAAAAUUAAGAUUCGAGCGACACUCGUGAUCUUAUAUUUUUGCGAAUUCGUAUUUUUUAGAUAAAGUAAAGCUCAUCACUUGCAGGAAGCGAGUUGUCGAUUAUAGAUUUGUUUUAGAAUCUACGACUUGGUAGGCCAAGGUUAAUAAACAGACUGUUUACUGAAA